AUGGAGAAAGAUGCGACGGGAUAUCCAGAUGAGAUCAAUCACCAUUGGCACAUAAAACAUCCUCUCCGGAUCCUCGAGGAUACUUCAGAAACCGGAGUGGUAUGUCUGUCAUGUGGAAAGCUGAUUGUGGAGGAGGCGAAGAAGAACGAGGAGAAGAAGAAGAAGAAGGAGAACAAGUGCUACGGUUGCAACACGUGUGGUGAUUUCAGUCUGCAUCUUGAUUGUGCGACGAACCCACCACUACAUGUUGUUGACCGACCAGAGACCCAUGAGCAUCCACUUGUUGUUGACCGACCAAAGACCCAUGAGCAUCCACUUAAUCUCAUCCCGAGAGAAGUCUCCUUCACCUGCAACGCUUGUGGCACAAAAGGCAACGUAUCUCCGUAUGUAUGUAUCUCUUGCAGCUUCAUGAUACACACAAGGUGCAGCAACCUUCCUCGUGUUAUACGCAUCAAUCGUCAUCCCCAUCGACUCUCUCACACUUUCUCACUUGGCUCGGAGAAGAAGUUGGACUGUGGAGUUUGUCGCAAGGGCAUUGAUGGUAGAUAUGGGGCCUAUUCAUCUUCUCAGGACGGUUUUGCUGUUCAUACAGGUCACGAGGAGCACGAUUUGAGACUCACCAACACCAAAGACGAUCAUGUUAUCGAUGAUAAACGCUGCAACGCAUGCAGUUUCCAUGUCUUUCGCGGCCUUUCUUACAAAUGCGUUGACUGCGAUGAUUUCAUUCUUCACAGAAAAUGCGCUAGGCUCUAUCGGAAAAUCAGGAUCCCGCUCCAUCAACACACACUUACUCUUUUCUACAAGGGCGGUGAAGUUUUCAACUGUGCUGCUUGCGAUCACAACUCCACCGGUUUCAGAUACUCUUGUUCCGAAUGUGACUUUCAUUUCGAUACACAGUGCGUCUCGAUCAAUGAUCCGUUUAAGUACGGAGGUCAUCUCCAUCCUCUUUACUUAUUGCCGUCCGAAGAUAACAUGAAAUGUGGCGCUUGCGAUCAAAACACAAGUCGUCAGAUGAUGCUGGGCUGUGUAAAGUGUUCGUUUGGUUUGUGCUUCGCGUGUGCCACCUUACCGAGCAUUAUACAUUACGAAGAUGAUCCGCAUCCCUUUGCCCUUAAUCACGGCGAAAAUGCUAGCGCGAGCGAAUACUGGUGCGACAGCUGUGAGCAACAAGUAAAUCCUCACAAGAAUUUCUACGAGUGUCUCAGCUGUGGGACCAUUGUUCAUACCAAUUGUGCACUCGGAGGAAGUUUCAGAAAUUUGAGACUAGGAGCCAGUUUCAACUCAGACGGCUACAAACGCACAUUGGUCCCCAAAGAUAAUCAAGCCACCCAACCUUUUUGCAGACAAUGCAUUAGUCGCCAUGGUCGUUCGAUCUUGAUGUCUUGUUCAGGAGAUGAUGAUGAUAUUACAUACUACUGUUCAACAUGUUAUCUUUCUCGUAAGAAGACACAGACCAUUGACAAGAGUUAG